AUGCCAACUGUCGACCCCGUCGCUGUAACCGUCUCCAUCGUCCUAGCCCUCAUCAUCGGCUACAUCCUCCUCUCAAAGCCCCCGACUCGUGCAGCACCCAAGCGCGCUGGCUCUCCUCCUCCUGCACCAAAGGAAGCACCUACCAAAUCGAAACUCCUCUCACAACCCUCGGGCGCCGCUGUUGCCGCUCAGAUGUCCGUCAUGUCCGCUCCCGCUGCCGACCUGGCCCCACCCAAGUCAACCCCCAUCUCCGUCGCCGAACUCGCCCAGUGCGACGGUAAGGAUGCGUCCAAGCCCAUCUGGGUCGCCAUCAAGGGCAAAGUGUACGACGUGACCAACAAGCGCGAGAUGUACGGUCCUGGCGCUGGUUACAAUGUCUUUGCGGGCAAGGACGCUUCCCGCGGACUGGGGAUGAGCUCGCUCGACCCCAAGGACGCGGUUAGCGACUACUCGACGCUCAAUGAGGCGCAGAUGAAGACGCUGGAUCAGUGGGACUCGUUCUUUGCCAAGCGCUACAACAUUGUCGGCAAGGUUGUUCCCUAG